UUGACGUGGCGCAGCAGCAGCGGCUAGCGAGCAGGUAACAAACACACAAGGUGAGCUGAACAUAAUACCGGAGUUAUGGACAGUGUCGGCGACAACUGACAGAAACUGCGUCCCUUUUCAGUGAAGAAAAAAUGUCCAGUAGAAGUCAGCACUAUGGAUUUCAAUCAGCCACCCUGGUGCAGCCUGCUAAUGGCGGUCAUGCCUAUCUGUUUGGAAACAAUGGCUCAGAGAAUGAUUUGUCAGAGGAGGAUGGAGAGAGCUAUGAGCUACGAUCACGUGGAAGAGAGAGGCUACGGAGGAGCACCUCUAGAGAAAGACUGGAUGAUAUUAUCUACCUUACCCGGGAUAUUCAGGAGGGGGACACCCUUAACAGUAUCGCCCUGCAGUACCAUUGCUCAGUGGCUGAAAUAAAGCGUGCCAACAACCUCUUGACGGAACAGGACUUCUUCGCUCUGCGCUCAGUUAAGAUUCCUGUGAGGCGUUUCAGCGUUCUCACGGAGACUCAUAACGCCGGUCCACUCAAACCUGCCUCCCCUAUCGGGGCUAGACGUGUGCCCCAGAUCUCACCUAUCGAGUCGCUCCCUUCUGAGUUCUCCACGGAUUCUUCCUCUUCUUCUACUGAUAGUGUGGAAGGAUUUCUCUUGGAGAAGGACAAGGACAUUGAACGGCUGGUGAAAUCAACAGGACCAUGUCGGAGCAGCCUCAAUGAGGUUGUGUCCUCAUUAACGCUGCAACAACCGCUUUUAGAUGAAGCAGAGUAUAAACCAGCGCAGAGAAAGGAUCCUUAUUAUGGGGCGGACUGGGGCAUGAGAUGGUGGACAGCUGUGGUCAUCAUGCUAGUUGUUGGGAUUGUCACACCUGUGUUUUAUCUGCUGUACUAUGAGGUUCUCGUGAAAACUGACGUUAGCCACCACAGUGUUCCUACACAAGGUCACAAUGAUAUGAAUUAUGGACAGCAAAAUGGUAAAAAUGUGAACAUUCCUGUUGUAAAGGACCAUGAUGCAGGGCCUGGACCUGGAGAUGUAUUGGAUGGAGAUCCACAGAGGCCUGGUGGAGACAACGCACCAGAUGGUGAAGUUGCAGGGCUUAAAGAAUCAUAAUAUUGCUUAAAAAUGUGUUCCAACUCAGACUGAAUACAUUUCAUUUGGAGGCUUUGAUUUUCCCUCUCCAAAAUAUGUUAUUUCUAUCUUAAGAUAGUUUUAACUUUAUAAAUGACUGCAGUCAGUGGGAACAGUAAUUUUUUUGGUCAAACUAGGAUUAAAGAUUUUUGCCAUAAUUAUUUGAAUCUUUCCAUUCAUAUACCUUUCAGUAAUUAAGAGAAAGAGGGGUCCAGCAGUCUCAGAUUUGUUUUCAUUGCUAAACAGACUUUUAUUUGUUUAUAUUGGAGAGUACUUUGCAAGGUUAUUGUUAGUUUAAUUUAAGUGAUAUAUUGUUGCUAUUCACAAAUGUUUGUCAAUAAUUUACAGAUGCCUAUUUAUUUAGUGACAGAUCAGUGGCCAUAAACUGGAAAAA